GGCACCAUUUAUUUAUUUCUUAAAAAAUUCGGCAUGGAUGUGUAUAUGAUGCAUUUGGUAUUAAUGUUAACGGCACAAUAUAGAUAUACUGCAACAAAGCUUGCAAUAUUGUUUCGGGAUCUACAAAUCUACAACGAAUCUCGAAAAGAACAUUAUCCUAUGGAAAAUAGACGGAUAGAGAGAGAACUACGAAAAUUAUGUCUGCACCAGAAUAUCGUCUUAAACAUGUCAUUUAUAUUAAAGAAACUUCUGUCUGUGAACUUCAGUCUACUGUACAUCAAUAACGUAUUACGAUUCUGCUUUAUAGGUAUCAUAUUAAGCACAGUACCAUUAAUGAAUAUUGCAGAAGGAAUUUCGGUCACUAUAUUUGGAAUCGGUACAUUAACGCAAUUUUUUGUGUUAUGUUCUUCCGUACAAACACUUUCAGACGCAUUGGCAGGUCUGGGUCAAUAAACGCUAUUUCGACUUGUAAAAGGGGCAUAAUUUGCUCAAACUGAACACAUUAUGUCAAUCUCUUCCAUCAUGUCAUGAAGGGAUACAUAAAUUACAAAUAUUGAGUACCAAAAUAACAGAUAAAGCAUUUGAUGAAGGCUGGUAUCAAUUAGGACCAUCAUUGAAACGUAUAUUUAUAUUAUUGAUAAUAUCUAAUAACUUAGAAUGUAAAAUU